AUGUUGCUCAUCAUCGGAAUGCUUCUUCCUAUCAUCUUCAGCACAAUCAUCGUGUCUACCCAGGCUUGUCAACCAGCAAACAGUCCUAACGUGAGAGGCAAUUCAGACCUGGGGCCUCGAGAGGUUUUGGUGGUGGAAGUGAUAACCGACAAGAAUUUCAACAAAAAAACCCUUAAAACGGAUAAGAAGGAAAUAGAUGAUCAGUUGGCCAAAGUUGCGAAAGACAACGGACUUGUCAAAAACAGAUUCAUUGUGGGAGGAAUUGCGAAGGAGAAGAACAACAAACUCUCCAUAAUAUACAGUAUUUUCGAUCUACAACAUGGAAUAGUUUGCCAAGAGGUGGACAAAACUCUUCGUAACGCAAAAGAAAAUACAGAUGCCAUGAAAUCUAUCGAAAAGUUCCAGGUUACAUGUGGAUCCGAAAUGUUUGAAGUAUAA